AUUCCAACCACGACAAUCACCAGAACCGUCACCAUCAACCCUGUCGUCACUGAAACCAGAACCGUCGGUCGCACUGGCGUUCUGGACCCGGUCGUUAGGACCAGCACAAUCACCAGGACCCAAACAGUGAGAGCCUGCCCUGCGCCAACUCUCUGCGGUAACCAGGGAAUCGACUUUGCGUACUACACCAAGACUGUUGGCGGCGAGUUCGCAGACUUCCACCCCGAAGCGUACAAGCUUCGUCAGCCACGAUAUCAAUCAUCCACCAAUGUCAUCGGCGGCAUCAGCUUCCAAGACGGCGCCGACAAGAGCGUCUACGGCUCUCCUCCACUGCCAGAGUCAAACUUUGUCCUCAACCACCGCGGAUACAUCUACGCCCGCCAGACCGGCACUUACACCUUUACCCUGACCAGGGUCGACGACGCUGCCUUUGUCUGGGUUGGUGCAGCGGCAUACUCCGGAUGGACUGCUGCCAAUGCCAAUUUGAAGGUUGUAUAUAACAACGGACCUGCGCAGGGCACUUACUCUGUGAAUCUGCAAGAGGGUCGCUACUACCCAUUCCGCAUCUUUUACGGCCAGGGACCGCGCACCGCCGAGUUUGACGUCAAUGUGAGGGCGCCGGAUGGCACCACGUUCUUGUCGUCCAACACGACUGGAUCGCCUUACUUGGUCCGGUUCUCGUGCGAUGGGUUUUCGACGCCACUAUUUGAUCCUUUUGGAUUCGAGUUUUAA